GGUGUUCUGUGUCUUUAAACAUUUAAAAGAAGUGAAAGCAGAGUUUGAGCUCAGUUAGGAGGGACUGCAGCAGGCCGACAGGUGAACACUCAAUGUCACACACUUAUUUUUCUACUUUCUAACUUAAACAUUAUACUGACUUUGGAAAGGAAAUGGUCUGUUUGGGGUUGUUAGAUCAAACUGUAUCCAUUAUAAUGAACCUGUUUAGUACUUUUAUCCUGACCUCUGUUUGUAUGUGUUUGAUAUUUCAGCAGCACAUUGUGCUAAACAGGCAGACCUUUAAAACAGGCUCAUUCUAACCAGUUGAAUCCACAACGAUGUGAAAUGUAAAAAUUAAACAAAAGUGUCUGCACAGUAGAGUUGUUGUGAACCAGAAGGAGGCUCAUGAUAAACUCUACACAGGUAUCAUAUUUCACAUUUAGUGCCUAUUUUGACACCGGGCAUUUAAAAUACUUAUAUUUCAUUAUUGUCAUGUGUCUAUAUAUUUUUAUUGUUUUUGCCAAUGUUUUGCCGGUUGUAGCUAUCUGUAUGAACAGAAGCUUACAUGAACCUAUGUACAUAUUUCUGUGCAGCCUGUUUGUGAAUGGACUGUAUGGUAGUACAGGGUUGUUUCCAUUCCUGCUGGUUCAGAUUCUCUCUGAUGUUCACACUAUUGCUGCUUCUUUUUGUUUCCUGCAGAUUUUCUGUGUAUAUACUUAUGGAAGUGUAGAGUUUUUGAAUUUAGCCGUCAUGUCUUAUGACCGGUACCUCGCUAUCUGUUGUCCUCUGCAAUAUAACACACGUAUGACAGGUAACAGAGUUGCCGUCCUCAUUGCUGUAACCUGGUCAGUUGUAUUUAUUGUAAAUUUUUGUACACUGCCUUUGAUUGUUCCUUUACAGCUGUGUGGGAACAUCAUUAACAAAGUAUACUGUGAUAACCACUCUAUUGUGAAACUGGCCUGCUACGACACCACAGCCAAUAACAUCUACGGACUGUUUGUUAGUGCGUUCUCAGUCUUUGGCCCUCUCAUUUUAAUUCUUUACACUUACAUAAAAAUUCUUCUAGUUUGUUUUUCUGGUUCGCAACAGACCAGACAAAAAGCCGUCAGUACUUGCACACCUCACCUCGCUUCCCUGCUGAACUUUUCUUUUGGUGCUUGUUUUGAAAUAUUACAGAGCAGGUUUAAUAUGAACAGUGUACCAAAUGUGUUGCGCAUUUUUUUGUCGUUAUACUUUCUCACAUGCCCGCCACUCUUCAACCCUGUAAUGUACGGACUGAAUCUGCCCAAAAUCCGUGUCAUAUGUAAAAAUCUGAUAUCAAAUAUAUGCAAAGUAUUAGCCGCCACCUAACUACUGUACCAAUACUUUGUAUUAUUCUAACCACCGUUAUUAUUUUAUUUACUGAUAAGUAACUCUAAAGCUGUUACAACAGAUAUUAAAACAGUUCCAUGCACCAUGUUUCAGAACAAAAUAUAUUUAAUAGUAGAAUGGAAAUUAAAAUCUUUGUAAUUAUAAAAUAGUAUGUUUAAAACUAAGGCACUUUACUAAGACAGUGUCAGUAAAGUAAAUAACUAGCAACAGAUAGUGAAACACUGCUGCUACACCACCACAACAGAUUUCGAUGUUUUGAAUGAAGUUGUUUUGUAUAGUACAGUGUACGUUUUCUUAUGUGACAGUUUUUAAUAAAAUGUUUUUGUAUAGUCUCA